AUGAGCUCAAAACUCAGCGGCCCAGUCGUUAGCAGUCGUUGUGACUCUGUUUGUUGGCUAUUUGCCAUCGUCAGCAAGGGUGGCGGCAGGCCAGCUGUUCAGGUUGAAUACGAUGGAGGGAAGAAAACUUUCGUAUGUUCUUCUUCCAAAUUUGAUGGCUUCAAGCUGCUGAGUCGACAGUCAGCAGAGGAACUUUCUUCCAUGGUGUUAACCAAAAUGAAGGAAACGGCGGAGCAAUACCUGAAGCAGAAAGUCGACCACGCUGUCAUCACAGUCCCAACCUAUUUCAACGACGCUCAACGGCAAGCUACUAAGGAUGCUGGGCAAAUUGCUGGACUGAAUGUCCUUCGUGUCAUUAACGAACUCACGGCGGCUGCUCUCGCCUACGGACUGGACAAAGGCAGCAAAGCUAGAAUCGUCGCUGUCUACGAUCUUGGUGGUGGAACUUUCGAUAUAUCCAAUCUCGAAAUGCGCGACGGCGUCUACGAAGUCGAGUCCGCCAACCAUUACAACUUGGUGGUGAAGACCUCGACAUUCUCCUCGUUGACCACAUCCUCAAGGAAUUUAAAUCCAAGCACGGUAUUGAUCUCAAUGGCCAUCCAAAUACUGCUUCAAAUCUUUUGCGCGCCGUCCAGCACGUUUCCCUGUUCAUCUCCACCAAGGACAACACUUCCGGGCCUCGCAUUGCGUGGAUCACAAUAUGUUCUAAACUAA